AUGUGGCUACUGUUGACAGUAACAGGUGUGAUAUUUACAUUUGGAGGUGCACAUGGCUUAUUUGGAAAACUGGCUCCUGAAAGCCCGGAAGCAGACAUGAAUAUUAGUCAGAUGAUAAAUUACUGGGGAUAUCCUAGUGAAGAAUAUGAAGUUGUUACUGAAGACGGCUACAUUCUGGGGGUCUUCAGAAUUCCUUAUGGGAAGAAAAAUUCAGAGAAUUUAGGCAAGAGACCUGUUGUGUUUUUGCAGCAUGGUUUGCUCGCAUCUGCCACAAACUGGAUCGCAAAUCUACCAAACAACAGCCUGGCCUUCAUUUUGGCAGACGCUGGCUAUGAUGUGUGGCUGGGGAACAGCCGAGGGAAUACAUGGUCCAGGAAAAAUUUGUACUAUUCACCAGACUCAGUUGAAUUCUGGGCUUUCAGUUUUGAUGAAAUGGCUAAAUAUGACCUUCCAGCCACAAUAGAUUUCAUUGUAGAGAAGACUGGACAAGAAAAGUUGCACUACGUUGGUCAUUCUCAGGGCACCACUAUUGGUUUUAUUGCCUUUUCUACCAUUCCUACACUGGCUAAAAGAAUCAAGACGUUUUAUGCAUUAGCUCCAGUUGCUACUGUGACAUAUGCGGAAAGCCCUUUGAAAAAACUUUCACUUAUUCCUUCAUCUCUUUUUAAGAUUAUAUUCGGUAACAAAAUAUUCAUGCCACACAACUACUUUGAUCAAUUUCUUGGUACUGAAGUGUGCACGAGGAAGCUGCUGGGCCGUCUCUGCAGCAACGCUUUGUUCAUCAUGUGUGGCUUCGACAGGCAGAACUUGAAUGUGAGUCGCUUCGAUGUGUAUCUAGGCCAUAAUCCAGCAGGAACGUCCGUUCAAGACAUCCUCCACUGGUCCCAGGUUGCUAAAUCUGGGAGACUUCAAGCCUUUAACUGGGGUAGCCCAUUCCAGAACCUGUUACAUUACAACCAGAUAACGCCUCCUGAUUAUGAUGUGUCAGCCAUGACUGUACCAAUUGCAGUGUGGAAUGGUGGCCAUGACAUCCUUGCUGAUCCCAAAGAUGUUGACAUGCUUCUUCCCAAACUUCAAAACCUCCUUUACCAUAAGGAGGUUCUUCCUUACAAUCACCUGGACUUUAUCUGGGGAAUGAAUGCUCCCCAAGAGGUUUACGAUGAGAUCCUUUCCUUGAUGGCAAAAGAUUAA